AUGAGAUCGGCACGACCUUGUGACGAAACACAUGCUCAAUGUCAAGCACAAGGACAGUCAACGAUGCGCGCCACCAUUGAGUCAGCAAGAUCGAAAAGCUCUACGGCAAGGGCCACGACCGGCAUAAAUACCUGGGUUUGCCCCCGUCGAACCGUGUCGUCUUUCCUGAUGGACACAACAACCAAGCACCCAAACACAGAAACGCUCUUACUCCCAAAUCCCCUUCAACUCUCCACCCCUCCACAUCAUCUUACCAGAGGCUCGCCAGUCCUCCCAAACCCCCAGUCCCAGUCCCAGUUCCCAUCCGUCUUCAUCAACGACAACUUUCAGACCAGGCCACGCGCCUGUCGCUCGUCACUACUCGACAAGGUCCAUCCAAGCCCAACCGUCAUCGGAUCAAAGAAGAGUCUCGAGCGGCAAGUGAGCAAGCCGUCUAUUGCAGAAUAUGCUACCCUUCGUAUUGCCAAGCACUAUGAAGGCGUCAAGGAUAGAGAGGAAAAGAUACGAUCUGCCGAAGGGCAGCUCAGCCUCCUAGAUUCGCACCUCAUGAAACUCAGGGCUCGCGCCUACGAGCACUCUCGUCGGGAAUAUGAGGAUGCACUCGAGGUCUGGAAUCGUUUUGGCAGGCUCCUCAAUAACGACUUUCUCACGGACCCUUCAUACAUCCCAGAAACCUAUGUCUCCGUCGGCCUCGGCUCCUCCUAUAAGCUUACCUCUUCGCGUCCGUCCCUCACGCCGCUAAGGUUCAUAGGGAGCACCAUCCCCAACGAGGGAACAGUCAAGGCUGUCCUGACCAAUGCAUCGCUCUCCAUGGAACCCCCGUGGCUGCCGCAAGUCUGUCAAAGCUCUUUGGCUGGACUCCGGAGAUCAUCGUUCACGGAAGCCGCUCGUUUCACGGAAGCCGCUCGUUUCACGGAAGCCGCUCGUUUCACGGAAGCCGCUCGUUUCACGGAAGCCGCUCGUUUCACGGAAGCCGCUCGUUUCACGGAAGCCGCUCGUUUCACGGAAGCCAGUCAGCUUGUUGCCUGGAAUUGCAGGCAGUAUGCCUGGCACCGCUGCUGUCGGCGGCCCAAAGAGAUUCAGAGAUUCAGAGAUUCAGAGAUUCAGAGAUUCAGAGGUUCAGGGGUUCAGAGGCUUAGAGGUGUAUAGUGGCAAUUCUUCUCCCUGCAGCGAGCGCCAAUGUGUCACAGGAUCCAGUGGGCAACACAGCCACAACCCAAGCACAUCCACUCAUCAAUCAUCCAACUCCAUGUGUAGACUCCUCCAGCUUCACAAAACACACAAGAGUCAGCAAACACAUGUCACUUUUCAUUCUUCCAA